AUGACCGACAAGAAUGUAAUCAGCGAUGCAGACUUGGGGGAGAAGGUUGACUUGAGUCAUGAGGAGGUCGUUCACAUGGCUGAGUUGACGGAUGCGGAGAAAGUCAUCGAAAAAAAGCUGCGGAAACGCAUCGAUGCGCUGAUUAUGCCAUUGGCGAUUCUCGUUUACUUGAUGAAUUAUAUUGAUAGAAAUAACUAUGCCGCAGCAAAGCUGCAAGGUCUGGAGGAAGAUCUCAAUCUGGACGACACGAAAUAUCAGACCGGUCUCUCGGUUCUGUUCGUCGGUUACAUCCUUAUGCAAGUACCGUCGAACAUGCUCCUGAAUUAUAUGGGCCGACCGUCCUGGUAUAUUGGUUUCUUUGUGUGCGCUUGGGGUCUGGUGUCUGCAGUGACCAGCCAGGUCACCAGCUACGGAGGAAUCGUCGCAUGCAGAUUUAUUCUCGGUUUGGUCGAGGCACCCUUCUUCUGCGCCAUCCUCUUUUACCUGUCCAAGUGGUACACCAAGCAAGAGUUGGCUCUUCGCAUGAGUAUCUUCUACUCUGGCUCUCUUCUCUCCGGUGCCUUUGGAAACCUCAUUGCGGCGGGUAUUCUCAACGGACUGAAGGGACACCGGGGUCUCACUGCGUGGCAGUGGCUCUACAUCAUUGAAGGCUCGAUCACAUGUGCCAUCGGAUUGGCUAUCUGCUUUAUCUUGCCUGAUUUCCCAGAGACAUGGAAGCUUCUAUCGCCCGAGAUGCGACACGUGGCUCAGCGACGUCUGGCAAUUGAGGCCGGUGAGGCUGAUGUCGAUGAAGAGGGUGGAAUGAGCCAAGUGAAGGGACUGAAGCUCGCCAUGACCGAUAUCAAGACAUACGCAUUUGCCAUCGCGUACAUGUGUAUUACCGGCGCAGCUGGCUUCCAGAAUUUCUUCCCAUCUCUGGUCAAGAACAGUCUCGACUACAACGAGACGAUCUCCCUCGUUCUCGUGGCGCCUCCAUACCUCUUCAUGGUCGUGUAUUCCCUGUGCCAUUCUCUGAUGUCCGACAGAUUAGAGAAGAGAUUCUGGUUCUUUGUUUACCCCAUUCCUGUCACAAUUGUCGGAUUCAUCAUCUAUAUGACCACGAACUCCUUCGGACCGAGAUACUUCUCCUUCUUCUUGAUGGUCUUUGUGUUUGCCCAGAACGGAACUCUGUACUCUUGGCUCGCUAGCUCCAUCCCCCGUCCACCCGCCAAGCGCGCUGUUGCGUUCGCGUUCUUCAAUUCUCUCGGGAACAGUGCUUCCAUCUGGACGCCGUUCACUUACCUCGAAAAAGAGGCAAAGCACGGUUACCACACUGCAAUGGCUGUCUGCAUUGCGCUCCAGGUUAUUGGCGGCUUGAUGGCUGUUUUCCUCUACUUCAAUUUGCGCAUGCUUAACAAGCGCCAAGAGCGCUUGGAGAAUGAGGAGGUACAGCUUAGCGAGAAGGAUAUCCGUAGAUUGCAGGCGACUGCCGACGUUGAGGGCAUCGAUAUCGCUGCCGCUAGACGCUUGCAGAAAGGCUUCCGCUUUACUCUGUAG